AUGGAAGGGCAGAAGCCAGGGUGCAGAGCUGCAGCUGCUGUCCUCGCUGGGUCCUUGCUCUCCUCCGUCCUCCAAGCCGCUGGGGUCGGAGCCCUGCAGGACUCCCCAGGGCUGCUGGAGGAUGUGAUCCCGGAGAACAUCAGCUGGGCCGCCGAGGAAGCGCAGGGCAACGAAUCCUCAGAGCACGCGUUUUUCUCGCUGGAUUAUCAGCACGUCCAAGUGCCCUUUGAGAUCACGCUCUGGAUCAUGCUCGCGUCCUUGGCCAAAAUAGCGUUUCAUCUCUACAACAAGCUGCCUUCUGUCGUUCCCGAAAGCUGCUUGCUGAUAUUUGUGGGACUCAUCAUGGGGGGAAUCAUCUACGGCUUAAACGACAGGUCACCUCCCGUCAUGGACACCGACAUCUUUUUCCUCUACCUCCUGCCACCCAUCGUCCUUGACGCCGGUUACUUCAUGCCCAGCCGUCCCUUUUUUGAGAACAUCGGCACCAUCCUCCUCUACGCAGUCGUGGGGACGAUCUGGAACGUGUUUGGGAUCGGCUUCUCGCUCUACGGUAUCUGCCAGGUGAAAGCCUUUCGCCUGCAGGACGUUUCGUUGCUCCACAACCUCCUCUUCGGCAGCUUGAUCGCCGCCGUGGAUCCCGUGGCGGUGCUGGCGGUGUUCGAAGAGAUACACGUCAAUGAAAAGCUCCACAUUCUGGUCUUUGGUGAAUCGCUCCUGAACGACGCGGUGACGGUGGUGCUCUACAAGCUGUUUCGAUCGUUCUGUGAAAUGCCGACUAUCAAAAGCGUGGACGUUUUUGCUGGCGUUGGAAAAUUCUUUGUGGUUGGGCUAGGGGGAGUUUUGGUAGGUCUUACUUUUGGGAUGACGGCCGCCUUUACCACGCGGUUCACCAAGGAUAUCCGCGUCAUCGAACUUUUUUUUUACAGCUACCUUUCCUACCUCACCGCCGAGAUGUUUCACCUUUCGGGCAUCGUGGCCAUCAUUGCUUGCGCCAUGGGCAUGAAACGUUACGUGGAGGCCAACAUCUCUCUGAAAUCUCACACCACAGUCAAGUACUUCAUGAAGAUGUGGAGCAGCGUUAGCGACACCCUCAUCUUCAUCUUCCUCGGAGUUUCCACCAUUGGAGAAAAUCAUGAGUGGAACUGGCCCUACAUUUGCUUCACUGUCAUUUUCUGUCUUGUUUGGAGAGCACUAGGUAUGGUGAAAUUA